AUGGAGACUAUCAGCGUCUUUGACGACAAGACAAACCAGCAUCAAGCAAUGUUAUUUGACGAUGACGAUCAAGAUCAUUUGGCGGAAGACGAAGAGGCUUCUGUAACACUGUCCAAGAAACUUCAGGACCGUCGUAGGAAAGCCAAGAAUCGUCGCCGUCGUCGCUCUUCUGCUCGAUUUCUUAAUCUAGGAACAGAAGAUGAUGAACAAGAGCCUAUUUCAAGCGCGAAUCUUGGAGAAGUAUACCAGAAUGCCAUUCGAAUGAACGCGGAAAACAAAAUCAAUGCUGCUAAUUCAUGGAACUUGAAUUUGAUUGAUCAUCUCGAUCAGUUUGUAUCUACUAAUGGGAGAGAGGAAGAUGCCGGAGUGAGCUCGAUUUCAGAUAAUCUACAAAAGCUAUCGUUGGGACCAGACGAUGCUGGGGUCAACUUUACAAAAGCUAGUUGCACAUUGGAUGCGUCUGUCAAAAUUUACGCGUACCGUGUGGAUGAUGUUCACUUGACUUCCUACAAAGUCCUUGCCAAUCUCAACCGCACUGAAACGGGAAAGAACAAAAAGAAGGACGACAAUGCUGCUUCUGCAAAAUCCAAGAACCUCAACAACGAAGCGACAUCAAAUAAUGCCGGAAAGCGCAAGGUUUCUGAAACUGAGACUUUGGAACAAAACUUGGCCAACAUCAACAUCGCGAAGCUCGACGAAGCUUUUGACAUUGAUCCUCUCUUUCAUAAGAUGUCCAAGACAUUUGAUGAAGGUGGUGCAAAGGGGCUCCUAUUGGCCAACCUUGGAGUAUCGAAUAACGGCUGCAAUAUUGUUUUCGACUCCACGCUGGAAGAACGAAACGAGAUGGACGUUCGUGAAGAUCAAGCGAAUGGUCUAGCCAAGGAAGUGGAUUCUGUGGAUGUCAUAUCACUAAAUCAGAAAUUGGAAGCAUCUCUCGAAGGCCAGCCGCUCUUUCUGAUGCAAUUAGUACCGCAACUUGCAUCACUACGAGAGGAAUAUUCUCAGUUGAAACAAGAUGGAUUCGUUGAUAAGCUUCUUCCUUCAUCGUUACGAUAUGCCGCCCCGAAGGAAGAUGAGAUCGAGGCUGAUAAAUCCAUUCACAUGGAAGCGAUUGAACGCAGUCGUGUCUCCCAAGCUGGCCAAUCACUUCUGGCGAAGGAUCAAGAAGAUGAUCCAUCUUUGAAUAUGGAUGACGGAAAUUCUGACUUUGUUGAUUUUGGCGCUGGGAACGAUUUUGGAGGCGACGAUGAUCACGAUGACAACCUUCUUGGGGACAGUACGAUCCAUGAUGGAAAUCAUCGCUACUCCUCGUCCUCGUUCCAAGCAUCGUAUGAGGGAAGCCAAGAACCUUCACAGGCAGUAGUCCUCUUGGACGCGAUUGCCAAUGGGGAUAUCUCUGGAUCUCAAUCAAACUAUGAGUACUUCAAUAGCCAAGCACUAAGCCAGAUACAAGGGAACAUGUGGGCGGGGGCAGCUCAUUGGAAGAAGCAAGCCAAGAAAUCUGGGAAAAAGGCUCCUACGAAAAAGAAGGCGGGAGACGGAAAGAGGAAGCCCUCAGCCAGUAAAUCAAGAAAGAAGAAGAUCAACAUACAUGAUCUAAUUCUUGAUUUGCGCACCCCCGUUGAAGACCUUGAGGACUUGAUGCGCCAGCCUCCCAAGGGAAAGAAGGGAGUGGACCCGUUGCAGAUCACUAAAGCUACCAAUACCAAGUACUCCAAUAACGACAAUCUCUUGCCUAUUGAUCUCGGAUUGACGGUUCAAGACUUUGAUUCCUUCUUCCUUCGACCACAGGACAAGGUCAGCUCGUACCGAGGUCGACAAGCGGCAUCGACGCUUGGCAAGCAGGUUGCUUUCGCUCACGGUGGGGGCAACGAUGAUGUAUCAUUUGGUGGAGACAGUGAUGGUCCUGGAUUCGAUUUUGGUGGUGACGAUGAGGAUCAUGACGAAGACGGAGGCUUCAUUGUACCAGAACUCGAAGGUGUGCGAAAGAUUGAGAAAAUUCAAGUUGGAUAUGCCACAAAAGCAAAGAAGGUCGACGUCAAGCGACUGAAGAAGGACCUUUGGGAAGAGCUGGAACGGUCUUUUGCAGACAAGAGGAAGGUGGAAACUGAUUCGAACAAACCCAAAGAAGUGGAUACAUCAGAGGGCGAAGAGAACGAAGAACGGGAUACGCCAAUGGGGGCGAUUGAGGGUUCACUAUCCUUUCAAUCGACUGUCAAGGAAAUGCAAAGCACUCAAACUCAGUCGGAUGCUACACUUCCAUUUUUCUUCAUUUGCGUUUUGCAUUUGGCAAACGAAAAGGGUCUUGCAUUGGAAAGUACCGGACUAGAGGAUUUCAUUAUCCAUACUUCAUGA